AUGACUGAAACAGCAAAUCAGUUACUAAGUCGUGUCGUCUCAGUUUGCACUUGGCAGGCAUCAGGUUCAACUGCUACAACUGAACCAGCUUAUCCCUGCUUUCCACAUGUCGUGAGAGAAUGGUGUUACUUCAACCGAAGUGUCAACAAUUCGAUCCGUCAUAUUCCAGGAGGACAAUUCCAGGUGUUUCCAACUAAUGCAGGAGAUCUACGUGUAGAAGACGAUGCAAAAUUUCGUUUUUAUUCUAAUGUUUUAUGGCCAGUUGAAACACUACUAGGAGGAGCAAGUUUUAGUGCGAGAUGUACUGGAAUUUUGGGUGUUCCCGAUUUUAUUUUAUGCACUAAUAAUCCCACAGUGGGCAAGAUACCUGUGGAGAUUAAAACGCGUCACAAUUUGAGUUUAGAAAAAAAGAUCUUAUCUCAAGCGUUUGGUGAAAUGGCUUGCAAUGGUCUUCAUUUCAGCAUUUUGACAAACUAUUCUGAUACAUACUUUCUCAAACGACUGGAAAAUGAACCAAACAACUUAUAUGUUUCUCGUAUUAUUCAUCCUGAUAGUACCAAUCCGACUUUACGCGAUUCAAAGAAGAGGAAGAGUUCUUCAAAGCAGAUCGGUAGCAGGAAGAGAGAAAUCGUAUCAUCUUCCAAAGGAAUCACUACAAUAGGUGAAUACAUAGAUGGCGGAAUCUUUGAAAAGGUUUUUUCUGGCUAUUAUGAUGGUCAACCUGUGGCAUGGAAGUCUUGUGAUGCGUAUAAAGAGCAAGAAGCGACGAAAAUGCUAAAACAUGAAGCUCAUAUUUACUCUAUUUUAAAAGAAUGUCAAGGUCGUGCUGUUCCACGUUUGUUCUAUAAAGGUUACAUUUAUGACGGAUAUCUUUUUGCAUUAGUAUUGCAAUUAAUUGAGGACGCCCAUCACAUUGAUCCGAAAAAACUCACUAAAGAGGAAAAAAAAUUAAUAAUCAAUCAGCUCAAGUCAAUACAUAAUUGUGAGUUGCCAUUACUUUUUAUUGAUUUUGACUUGAGUGAGAUCGUGGAUAAUGAGUCGCCGAAAUUGCGCAAGAAAGAAAGGAGAUUAAAAAGAUUUUUACAACUUUAA